AUUCUAGGAUUUUCCGAACUCAUAAUAGACUUCAAACUACACAAUGUUACAAAUUUAGCUAAGAAUUUUAAUUGUUCUAGAGACUACCGUAUCAACCAAGUUCUCUUUCCUGUUCUAUAUUCAAUUAUCUUCAUUGCUGGGACAAUAAUGAACGGUUUGGCAAUAGUUGUGUUUUUCCAGUUGCCAAGUAAAUCAAACUUCGUCAUUUUCCUAAAGAACUCUGUGAUUUCUGACUCUCUGAUGAUUAUGACAUUCCCAUUCAAGAUUCUUGGAGAUGCUGGACUCGGACUCUGGGCUUUAAAGGGGUUUGCUUGUCGCUACACCUCAGUAGUUUUCUACUUUACAAUGUACAUCAGCAUAAUUUUUCUUGGUCUAAUAACUAUAGAUCGAUAUAAAAAAACUGCAAGGCCAUUUGGUAACUCUUGUACAACAAACUUGCGUUCUGCCAAAAUCCUAUCGGCUGCAAUAUGGAUAAUAAUGUUUUCCCUCUCAUUACCCAAUAUGAUUUUAACCAAUAAGCCAAUGACACCAAAAAACAUACGGAACUGUAUAAACCUCAAGUCUGAUUUCGGACGGAUUUGGCAUGAAAUUGUGAGCUUCAUAUGUCAGAUCAUUUUCUGGGUUAAUUUUGCUGUCAUAGUAGUGUGUUAUCUUCUUAUAACCAAAAAGCUGUUCCAGUCAUUUAAAAGAACACGAAGGGAACCAUCAAAAUCCAGAAAAAGAGUCAAUGUAAAAGUGUUUAUUAUUAUUGGUAUAUUCUUUGUAUGUUUUGUCCCAUACCACUUUGCUAGAAUCCCAUACACAUUAAGUCAGACACGGGAUGUGUUCAAGUGUUCAGCUCAGAGUACUCUCUUCUACGUUAAAGAGAGUACAUUAUUUUUUUCAUCUCUAAAUGCAUGUCUGGACCCUUUCAUUUACUUCUUUCUCUGCAGAUCAUUCCGAAAUUCACUUAAUACUGUUUUAAAGAAAAGGCAAAUCUGUCUUUCUUCAUCUACACGGCUGAAAGCUUCACAUCGAUAUGAUAUAGACAAAGCAGAAACUAAAAUUUAGCGGAAUUUGAAGCUCUAUAUAUAAUGACUUGAAGCUGUAUUUUAGGUAAAUUGGUAGACAGAUGUACUUAAUUGUGCCUCACACAGAUUAAUAGAUUUGCUUUAA